AUGUGCGUCUUCCUCUCUGCGCAUUUUAGAAGCACGGGCCCCUUCUCGGUUCGAGGGGGCGGAGGCCUCUCGCAUGGACCAGCCAUGGGGAGGCGAUGGGAGAUGGCGCGCUGGCAGCGUCAGCCCUCCUCCUGCCUCCUCCCCCUCCUCCUCCUCCUCCUCCUCCUCCUCCUCCUCCUCCGCGGGAGGCUGGCAGGCCUUCGGCGCUGGGAUUUUGGUUGGUGGAACUCCUCGAGUUGCGCGAGCACCGAGAGAACUCGUGGCCCCGAGGCGCUGUGGGAAUCGCACUACUUCACCCACCUGACGUCGCUGCACGACCCACCGAGGGACUACGAGGGUGACGAGGGCCGGUAUUUGCUGGCGCGGCAGCUGCCCCGGGUGGACGGGGUCCACAACAUAACCGUGGACAAGUCGCCGUCGGACAAAGGCGGCCCGGCGAGGAUAAGCGAGGUCGUUGCGAGCCGCGGGAUGAGAGCCUGGCUGUGCGAUCAGCGCUGA